UGGGGCACCCACUGGAGGGAGAAGCCAGGCCAAAGACCCGGGCCCGCCAUGGCCUUGGCCCUGAGGCCACCCCGGAUUCCCAAGCCCAAGAGCAGCCUGCUCUCACACUACCACGAGAGCUUCCUGGAGAAGAAGGGACCCCGAGACCAGGAUUACAAGAAGUUCUGGGCAGGCCUCCAGGGCCUGACUCUCUAUUUCUACAAUAGCAAUCGGGACUCCCAGCAUGUGGAGAAGCUAGACCUAGGACUAUUUGUGAAGCUCACAGAUGAAGCUCCCUGGGAGAGCUCCGAUGACCCUGGCACCCACUUUUGCUUGGUCCUUCAGAACCAGGAGAUCAAGUUCAAGGUAGAGAGUCUGGAGUCUCGGGAGAUGUGGAAAGGCUUCAUCCUGACGGUGGUGGAGCUCCGUGUCCCGUCCAACCUGACCCUGCUGCCCGGACACCUGUACAUGAUGGCCGAGGCCCUGGCCAAAGAAGAGGCUCGACGUGCGCUCGAUAUGCCCUCGUGCUUCCUGAAAGUGAGCCGGCUGGAGGCUCAGCUGCUCCUGGAGCGCCACCCCGAGUGCGGGAACCUGCUGCUCCGGCCCAGCGGGGACGGCGCGGGCGGAGUGUCCGUCAGCACGCUCCAGACGCUCGACGGGACACCGGUGGUCCGGCACUACAGAGUGAAGCGCAAGGGUCCCAAGUACGUGAUCGACGUGGAGGAGCCGUUCUCCUGCACCUCGCUCAACGCAGUGGUCAACUAUUUCGUGUCGCACUCCAAUAAGAAGUUGAUGCCCUUCCUGCUGGACGAUGACUACGAGAAAGUGAUAGGCUACGUGGAGGCGGAUAAAGAGAAUGGCGAGAGUGUGUGGGUGGCGCCCUCGGCCCCCGGCCCAGGUCCUGCACCCCCCAGGGGUGGUCCUAAGCAGCUGCCUCCGUCGUCCAUCGCACCUGUGUCCAGCCAGGACAAGCUGCCCCCACUACUGAACCAGGAUGAGAACUAUGUGAUCCCCAUUGGAGACGCCCCAGCUGCCAACUACGUGAACGAGGACGUGCCUUCCCCUAGUCAACCAGUUGUCCCGAAGCCCAGGAAGUUGGCCAUGUUUCAGGCAAAGCCUCCAAAGCCACCCAUUGUGCCCAAGUCAGAGCCCCCAAAAGGCCUCAACAGUGGCCUGGCCAGGAAGCUGGCAGUCAGCUCAGCACAGGCUUUCUCCUCCCCGACCACAGGGCUGGCAGACGUGACGGCAGAGCUGAAAGCGAAACUGCAGAGGAGGCGGGCGCUGCAGCAAGCAGCCGAGAGCUCGGGGGACCAGCAGGCCGAUCUCCAAGGGUGGCGCCGCAGUGAGGCAGGUCCUUCCUCCCAGAAUUGAAGAUCGAGUGACCCCAGGACCUGCGUGUUCGGCUUG